CACAAAUAUAACGGUAACAACCAACUCUUAUGUCUUUAGUUUGAAUUAUGUGAUUAAAAAAAAAAAUCACUAACUUAAGAUUGCCUUCAUGAACUGCUUAAACAAACAUGCUUAUUUACUGCAAACUCUGCAAGUUUUCAAUUUGAUCUUGGCAUUAAAAAUGCUUAACAAAAAGGGUCGUCGUAAUUAAAUGUGAAUUCCGUUGCACUCGUAAGUUUUACCAUGGCGCUUUUUCAAAUGUUAUUUUGUUUAAGAAUGACAUUUAAAAAAAAGAAAAAUGUAACACAAAACAAUUUAGCAGCGUGUUUAUUUAAAUCAACAAGCAGAAUUGGACUGAUUUCUAUUUUCAGCUUCCAGUAGCACAAACAUCGUUGAUUGUUAAUGUGUUAAAUUAAGCCGUAUAAAAUGUUUUUUUUUAUAUUUAAAUUUUUGUUACACCUUUCUUAUUAAUUUGAAUGGUUAAAACAAUCGCAUUAGCUGAGCGAACCCUUGCACAACCAUGCAACAUCUUCUCCGGACAUGCAGUCAGUAACUGGGAGUAAAUUAGUUGUUUUCCCCGUCAGAUAGUAAAUCUUACCUUUUCUUAAACCAACAAAAUAAUUUAUACUUACCUCAAAGGUGGGAUUAAAGAGGCGCUUCAGGUUUAAUUUGAAUUCUUCUUGUUUUUUUUUUUUAUUAUUAUUUUUAUUUAAUCUCUAAUUGUGGAGACAUAAUAAUCGAAAUAAAAUGAAGUCUUUUCAAGAAAUAGACAAAAAAAACGUAAUUUAAAGGGAUGUUAAAUUCCCUUUAUUAGAUGGUUUAAAUUUUAUUGUUUUGAACUCUUGUGACAGCCAUAAGGCUGCAUAAAUUGAAUUGAUAACGAUCGUGCUGUUUAAAAUCUAUAAAAUUAAUUUUUGGAGGCAUACUCUGCAUCGAUUUGAGCUUUCCGGGAACUCCCUUCAGAUUCUUAACACUUCAUAUUUGGAAAAAGAACUCAGGUGGACACAGUUGAAAAAAAAGAGAGAGAGACAAACCAAUCAGAUCGCUCCCUCUCACUUUGGCCAAUGACAGACGCCACAUUGUUGUCAAAUUUGUCUAAUGAAAACGUAGGCGCAACAAUAGAGAGAGGGGAGAGAGGGAUCUGUAUCCACUGACGAUCUCUGGAGGAAGUUAGUGUCUCAGGCUGCGGCUUCUGGACACUUUUUAACUUCUGAUCGAAGAGGACUGAUCUCUUCUCCUCUCGGCUCGGAACUAAACUCGUCUGUUUCUCUGCAUUUUUUUUGUUUUGUUUUUCUGGAUAGCUUCUACCAGAGAUAUUUUUUUUUUUUGAAAUUCUGUCAGCAGAAGUCGCUGUUUUUACUUGUUGCGCAGAGAUGUUGCAGCAGAUGUGAUAAGCUCAGGGUCAGUUUAACUAAAACAGAUCGUUCCUCCAGCGUUGCUCUCUCACUUAGUUUCUAUUGCAUAAUUGACGGCAUUGAAGACGGCAUGGAUCUGAGACCGGAGCUUCCCACAGUGUCCUCCGCCUCCCAGGUUCACCCGGGAGCGGCAGCGGCAGCGGCGGCCGCGGCAGCCUCCAUCCCGGUGUCCAUGGCCGGCAACCUGCUGCGUGGCCCUCCGCUGCUGCUGCGCGCCGCGGACAAGUACCCGCGGACGCCCAAGUGCGCCCGCUGCAGGAACCACGGCGUGGUCUCCGCUCUGAAGGGCCACAAGCGCUACUGCCGCUGGAAAGACUGCAUGUGCGCAAAGUGCACGCUGAUUGCCGAGCGGCAGCGGGUGAUGGCUGCGCAGGUGGCGCUGCGGCGGCAGCAGGCGCAGGAGGAGAAUGAAGCGCGGGAGCUGCAGCUGCUUUACGGCACCGCCGAGGGCCUGGCCCUGGCCGCGGCUAACGGCAUCAUCCCGCCGCGUCCCAACUAUGAGGUGUUCGGCUCUGUCAACAGCGAGAGCAAUUCAGAGUCCAGUAUCCAGAAGUAUGAACUGUUUCCAAAGACCCAGCUGUCCGGGUCAACCACCCCUCAGAAGUCCGUGGGCAAACCAGCGUCCACCGAGAGCGACUCUGCCCCAGGCAUGUCUUCCCCGGACGGCCGGCACGGAGGAGGCUCGGGGUCAGAAAACGGAGACAGUGAGUCUUUCAUCAACUCGCCGGUGUCAAAGCCUUUGAAGGACGGAGAGGAAACUCCCGGGUCGGUCAGCUCCCUCGGAUCGGACUCCGGUUCCGAGACCGACAAAGACGAGCAGGAACCCUCUCCGUCCUCCGCGGCCUCUCGACACAUGAACGCCAUCGACAUCCUGACCCGGGUGUUCCCCAGCCACAAGCGCAGCGUCCUGGAGCUCGUCCUGCAGGGCUGCGGGAAAGACGUGGUGCAGGCCAUCGAGCAGAUCCUCAACAACAGCGGCGCACAGGCCCCCAACAAGGCCGGGCCGGAGCAGACGUGGACGGCCGAGAGGAUGCUCCAAAGCGCGCAACAGCCUCCUGCUGGAUCCGCAACAGCAGCCACCCCGACGAGGCCGAUGCUCCCCGGAGCCAUGACACUGAGUAACCGCUCCGCGUUUUCUCCGCUUCAGCCGAACGCGCCGCACUUCGGAGCAGACCCCGGCACCUACCCGCUGGGAACCCACCUGGGACUGAACCCGCUGCGGCUGGCCUACUCUGCGCACAGCCGGGGACUGGCUUUCAUGACGCCCUACUCCACCACAGGGCUCAUGCCCACCUUGGGCUUCAGGCCCCCCAUGGACUAUGCUUUUAGCGACCUGAUAAGAGACAGGACAAUGCUGCACAAGGAGCAAGGCUAUGCCAGCGGCCUGUACGGGCCUUUAGUCAACAACACGCCGGACAAACAGUGAGACUGGUGGACAUGAAAAACACAUUUCAUUGUAUUAUAAUAAAUCUGUGAUGUGUUUUGGCUGCACUCUGUGUAUAUUAGAGUUAUCAAACUUGUAGACAAUUGUUAUAAGGCGGAGAAACUAAACUGAAUUAUGUGUAACUUUGAAGCUUAUGUCAAAUGUUAAAUUACAAAAAAUCUGGACAUUUUCCCCGCUUACCAGCCUCAUAAAAUCACAGCGAAUGAGUUCCAUAGUAAAUCAAGCUUGGGAGGAACUCAGACCUUUAACUUCAGGUUUUAUGUAAUAUUAUAAUGAGAUAAAUAUUUAUCCCUGGGUCUGAAUUUUUAUAGCCUGUCUUAUUUCAACGCCGCCUGGUACAACUAAAAAUCGGAUAAUAAAUGAUGCAAAAAUGA